UGAUUUAAACAAAUAACCAAAUCAUUUUGGAUUAAUGGUUUAUUAGAUAAAAAUUUGCUCUGUUUGAUAAGUUAAUAGCAUUUGCAUUGAAGAAAUAUCUUUUAGCGUUGUAAUGUUACUGCUGUCCACCAAACGGCUUAACUGUUUAUUGUUAAGCAAGACAUCAAAGAAGUAAAACACACCUCAUCCUACAAUGUUCUGGCUUUUUUUUUUCUCUCUGAACCACAUUCAGACUUCGUUUUCAUUUAUUUCCAGCUCUGCUCAUUAAAGCUCACUCCAUGCCCUUUCAAGUUCAACCAUCCACGAUGGCCAGUGUGGUUAAAGGCCUCUACAGCCUAUGUCCAGAGUGGGCCCAGCUCGCUCCGGCCCUCUUCUCCAGCUUCAUACCGCAGAUCCACCCUCCUGCUGUUGAAUCUCGGCUGCCCGAUUACGCAGACCAUGACCGGAAGCUGCAGAUGGAGCUCUCCAUGAACGGUUUCCCACGGGGGGACCAAUCCCGCAAACGUGCCAGUGAAGACUCCUGAUGGCGACAAAAAAGGCGUCCUCGGAUCUGUUGCAGAACUCUACUGUGCCUCCUACAUCUUUAUCACACUCGCUGCACUAAAUACAAAUUCAACAAUGCCUCAUGUUCGUCUCUGUUGACUCAAGGCCACAAAAACACUGUGAAAAACACAAUAAUGUUGGAGCCUAUUUUUGAUGCAUGGAGAGAAAGGAAAACGGACUUCACAAUGGUUCUAUGGUUGCCAUGCAUCAGGAUGCAGUUGUUGCAUCUGCUUACUGGGAUGGAAGAGAACCUGAAUGCAUCGUUUUGAUCGGUAUCCUGUGAAUCUUUUUCAUUCCCAAACUUCUUGCUGGAAGUGUCUUGUGCUGUUUUUUUUUUAAUUUACAGAUGAAGCUAAUCAACACUUUCCAGUUGCUGCUAAUGAUAAUGUUUUAAUCCCACAAGCCACCUGUUACAGUCAAGAUACACAAAAAAAUUUUCAUUUUUGUUGUAAUGCUCUACUCUUAUGUUGCCUUUACUGCAUUACACAAAAAAAGAAAACUGUUAGGAAAUAACAGUUGUAUGCCAAAGAGGAUGUUUGUUUACUUUGUCUUUCAGCUGCUUCUGCCCCAACAAGCUUUGAGUUUUCGUUUCAGUUUGAAACAAGCAUCUUUAGUGCUUGACGAUGCACCAAUCAGACGUUUCCCAAGCCAUUGCUUUCCUAAAUAUUUAACCUUAGAAUUCCCAGAGAUCUUGAUGCACCCAGAUGCAUUUUAAUAAAUAUCAAUUAACUUAUUUCUGUAAUUAAAUUCUUAAGAUGGAGCUAAAUUGAUUCAAUAAACACAGAGUAAUACAUGUGAAAUAAUUUAUUCUCUUUCGAUGAUUAUGGUUUACUGCUAGCAGGAACCCAAUUUAAGGUUCCUUUAAAAAGAGCAAUUAAAGCAUUCCUGCUGUAAUGCCUGUUGCUGAGCAUCUUCUACCACACUUUUUCCUUCCACUAAACCUUCCUUUGAGUACAGCAGCUGUUUUAACAAUGAGGCUUUGCAGCUUGGGCUCUGUGUUAAAUUAAAUUCUCCAGCUUUUUAUGAGCUGUUGGCAGAAUUGAUCCAAAUUAACAGAAAUAAAUGCUUGAAAAAUAUCACUCUGUGUUUACUGAAUCCAAAUCACUAAAAGUUAGAAUCUUGUUAUAAUUUGUGAACCUGCAUAAUUGAAAAACGUAUUCAUUAUUUAAAAAACAAAACAACUUUAGCAUAAAUUUAAGUACUUUGCCAUGUAUUUUGC